AUGGAGGAACCUUACUUUAUGGAGUGUCAUGAGGACUGCCGGUCCCUCAAGUUUCAGCAUGCCUACAGACUGCCCCUGGACAAGGAUGGGAGCUUCAGCAGCACCAGCGCGAACAAUAUUUGUGUGUUGCAUUGUUGCGGCUUGUUGGUCCUUGGAUGGGGGGAGCGCCUUCUGCCUUAUUGCGCUGUAUCCGCAGCUAGGGGGUUUCUUAAGCUUCGCCAGCAAGCCAUUGAACUGGAGGCUCCUGUAUCUGAGUUGCUGCUGAGCAACUGCUGCCGCCUCCUGGCAGUAGCAGCUGGCAGGAGAGCUGUCGUGCUGCCUGUUGGGGACUGUUUGAAGGGCUGUGCUUUAGCAGCCAACACAGCACCCCUUUCUGAAAAGGCUGCAACGUCAGCAAGCUGUCUUGCUCCUGGAUUUCGACAAGUCGAAGCUGCAGUUCUUCCAGAGGCUGUUACUGCGAUUGCGUGGACGGGCGACAACCGUUUGCUGCUGAACACCUAUAGCAGUGGGCUUUUCAUUGCGGAUGGAAAGGGGGGAGUCUUGGUCGCUGUGGAGCCUUCGCUGAGGAUCUCUGCAAUUGCUGGAGUCGCCAGACGUGGCUGUGCGGGAGGGCUUCCGAGAGAGACAGUUGCAGUGCUCGCCUCCCGCGAUCCCCUCGCCCUUUGGAUUCUGAAUUCGGAAGAAAGCGCUGAAAGCAACAGCAGCUGCAAGAGCAGCAACGGCGUCUCCUUGCUCCCCAUUAGCCUGGCCAGCCUUGAGGGCUCUUUGGAUAUGGAAGCAGCAGCACUUGCAAAGGGCAAGGGCCGAUGCUUGGGCAUUUCGGUAGUUUCUCCUGCGGCAGCAUCAAAAGAUCCCAAAAGCACCGCUGAGCUGCCCUUUAUCGCUGCUCUCUUUGCGAUUGGGGAUGAAGAGCUUGAGGGUGGCUCUCAUGAUGCGAAGCAGGAAAAGCGGCCCCGUACGGCCUUCUCUAGUGCUGCUGAGGAGGACGCCUAUUUAGCUGAAGCAAACCUGCAAAUGUCUUCGCUCCUCCUCUUCGCGCACAUUCAAGACGGCAGGGCGUUAGAGACAGCAGACGAAGAUGCACGUCCAAUGGGUUUGGCGGUUUUUACGGCUUUUUCGGAUCGAGUUAUACGCGACAUGGCAGAUGCCGAUACGCCGCUCUUGAGCUCUCCAGCUGUCUUCUUCAUCGCUGAGUCUGCAGGGGAAGUAACCGUCCACUUCGCCGAUCGCUGCAGAACGCUUGUUAGGAAUACGGGAACCGAAGAAAUCCCACUGCUCCCGCCUCUCCAUUUCCAAAAGCAGCAGCACGACUCUCAGGAUGAAGCGUUGAUUUGGGCUUGGCUAUCGGAGGAGCCGCCGCAGAAGCUCACAACUGCCGAUGCUGAUGUCGACGAAGAGAGCAGCAGGAGAAGGAACAACACCAGCUGCGGGAGUGAAAGCCGCAGCAGCAGCAGCAGCAGCAGCAGUGCGACGCGGAGGGAGGACCACAGCAAAGCAACAGGUGUCAGACGUCAUGGGGGCUUUACAACUGGGCAGGAGAAGCAGCUAAAGAGCGGCAGCAGCCAGUCAGCCAUGCCUAGCCUCAGGAAAGAUCGGCGCGGUAAGGCGAAGCAGAGCACUUCCCACAGUAGCUACCGUGAAGCUGCGGGAUCAAACGUCUGGAGUUGCAGUGGCAAAGCAGCGCGAGAGGCAGCUCUUGCUGCAGCAGAAAAGGCACUGCAUGCUGCAAUACCAAGGGGCAAUAGCAGUGCUAUUCGCAGAUGGCAGGAGCGCUUGCAGCUUUCCCCAGAGCACCUCGAAGUGGAAACACUGCUCAAGAAGGCUGAUGGAGAAGAAGGCCUCUUUGGAGCUGAAAGCUACCUCCCGGAUGCUGUGGCUGCCCCCCUUCUUGCAGCGUUGCGUGUGUUUGAGUGGCGUCUCGCUACUUCUGAGAUCUCAUGCAGUGCAGCACGCGAUGCUCUAAGGCAGCAGCUACAACAGGAGCAGCAGAAAAUUGACGAAUCGCUACAGCGGUCCUCACCAGAGCAGCAACAGCAGCAGCAGCAUUCCACGCUUGGCACGCAGGCUGCGCAGUUGCGCGGGGCUGUACAGACACUGCAACAACAGCAGCAGCUGUUGCUGCAGCGCGUCAUGGGACUUAGAGAGAAAGAAGAGACACAUGCUGAGAGGACAAGUAGAGUGCAGAGGAUUCUCAACAGGUUGUUUGCACAGCAGCAGCUGCUGCAGCAAGAGCUGCAAGAUAACGACUCUCUUCUUUCAUUGGUAGCCGCCGAGCAGCAGCACCUUGAGAGUAUAGCUCUGCUGUCUACUGUGGCUGCUAAAACAACGCCUAAAGAACGGCUCCAACAACGAAAGGCUGUCAGGGAGCGAGCUCAACAACUGCGGCAGUUGCUGCUUCGCAUGCAGCAGCAACAGCAAGUACAACAAGAGGUGUAUGAGGAGCAGCUGGCGCUGACAAUGGGCGUCUUUAAUUCGCUGGAGGCUGCCGAAACGCUGCCGCAAGGGUUGAAGCGCCUCGGAGCAGCUGUGGCUCAACAGACGCGGCGUGUCAUUUUGCUGCUGGGUCGAGCAGAUGCACUGGCAUUGGAAAAGAUAGGGGAGGUGCUGCCGGAAGCUAGACCGUCACAGCAACAGUCACAGCAACAGAAGCAAAUUGUAGCCGCAGUUACAGCCGCAGCAGCACCCUCUUGCACAGGCAAAAGCAGCGCCAGCCGAAGGCAACCGUGCAGGCCAGGUGCACACUUUGCUCUGCCCUCAGAAGUCUGGGAAGAAGGAUUUGAGGAUGACACGUUGCAGCAGCAGGAUCAGGUUCAAGUGUCAGAUGGAGCACCUGCGAAAGCAGUGCAGGAAGAGCUGGUUGCCGCAUUGUUUCCUUCACAGCCACUGCAAGCCGUGGGAUGCCGUUUGCAGCAAUCAUUGUUCAUCGAAACUAGUGAAAAGGAUCGUGAAAAUCCAGAAGUAGCAGCAGCCGGUGCUGCUGAUGCAGCUUCUGGUUCCGGAGAAGAGAUGGCAGCUCCCAGCUUGCAGCAGCGACAGCAGGAGGAGGAACGGCAGCAGAACCUUGGAGGGGUAUCGGAGCUCCUGCAGAGAGCAAAGGUGCUGCAAGACGAAGCCUCCAAUCUGGAAAAGUCUCUCUCUGCUGUUGAGCAGCAGACGCCGUCGUGUCUCCCGCUUUCGAAGGGACUACUGGCUGAGAAGGAAAGCGAGUUUCACGAGUUUCUGCACUUCCUGGAGGAGCAGCCGCAGCAUGAGCUGCGGGAGCAGCUCAUACUGCGGGAGCAGCAGCAGGGCCUUAACGUUCCUCUUUCGGAGGCGAAAAAGCCUCGCCUGCCGCUGAUGCAGCAGCUGCUGGAUGCCGAGGUGACUCGCCGCGCGAGGGAAGCUGCUGGACGUCGAGCGCUGCUGCAGCAGCUGCAGCUGGGUGGCAGAGUGGAGGACUGUGCAGCAGGCACAGCACAGGGGCUUGUCGCAGUCGAAGCGGAUCUGUUGCUGCGAACGCAAACGACGUUAGAUGCCUUCGAGGCAGAGGAAGGAGAGCAUGACUUCGAAUGGGAGACGCUGGAGAGCAGUCUGGAGGGUUGGAGCGAUGAUGGAGCCCGCAGAAUCAGCAGCAGCAGCAGCAGCACUUCGCCUUCCGCGCUAUUUCCUGAUCCUGCCAAAGCCGUAGUGCCCUCGUCUCAUCCCAACACGCGGCUUCCUCUCAGCGCCUCGGGAGUCUCCCUGCCUCCGGAUCGUACGAAGGCCUCUUUUCCGCCAACUCCUCAGAAGGCGGUAGCAGUUCUCCCACCAGAUCCUACUAAGAAGGCGGUGGCAGUUCUCCCACCAGAUCCUACUCAGAAGGCGGUAGCAGUUCUCCCACCAGAUCCUACUCAGAAGGCGGUGGCAGUUCUCCCGCCAGAUCCUACUAAGAAGGCGGUAGCAGUUCUCCCACCAGAUCCUACUCAGAAGGCGGUGGCAGUUCUCCCACCAGAUCCUACUAAGAAGGCGGUAGCAGUUCUCCCACCAGAUCCUACUAAGAAGGCGGUAGCAGUCCUCCCACCAGAUCCUACUAAGAAGGCGGUAGCAGUCCUCCCACCAGAUCCUACUAAGAAGGCGGUAGCAAUUCUCCCACCAGAUCCUACUAAGAAGGCAGCAGCAGUCCUACCACCAGAUCCUACUAAGAAGGCAGCAGCAGUCCUCCCACCAGAUCCUACUGAAGUAGAUUCUGCUAGAGCUUUGUCUCCCCCGGAUUCUACAAAGGACGUGACGCUAUCUGGUGCCACAAAUGUCUCCUUGCCGCCAGACACGUCUUCACAAGCCUCACCCCCCUCAAAGUCUACCAUGAAGCUUCCAGAAGCCACUUCCUUUGGGGCAUCAAAGGCAUUCAGCGAAACGCAAGAGAAGACAGACUCCCAGGCAGCGGCUUUGGCAGGGGGAGAAAGCAGUUCCUUCAAGGGGCUUUUUCUUGGCAGCGCUGCCGGAUCGACAAAACAGUCUGAAGACACAACUAGCAGCAGCAGCGGCACUGGGGGCCUCUUCGGGAACAAAAGCGUCGGCAUCUUUGGUAGCACUGGCAGCAGAUCAGGGGGUGAAGGGCUCUUCGGUAGCAGCAGCAGCAGCGGAGGAAGCAGCCUGUUUGGAGGCAGCAGCAGCAGCAGCGGCAGCAGCAGCACCCCCAUUAGCAGCGGCGGGGGAGGAGGUCUCUUUGGAGACACCAGCAAAAAGCCCACAGACGCUUCCACCGCUUCGCCCUUUAGCAGUGGAGGCUUUGGCAGCAGCAGUAGCAGUAGCAGCACGCUAGACAUCAAGAGCAUCGGUAAUAGCCUCGCAGCCUCGCCCGUGUCGCAAGCCUCUGGAUUUCAAGGCUCAGCGUUUGCCACUGGCCCCUUCGGAUCUACCGGUACAUUCGGGGGGGGGGGCACUCAGAAGUCUUCCUCUGGGAGUGGACUUGUGAGUAUUUUAGGGCAGAGUCUCUUCGGGAGCGGGAGCGGCGGAGAGACUGCUGCAGGGGGGGGGGCGGCUGCUCCUCUGCUGCGGACAGCACCUAGUCACCAACGAAGUGUUAUGCCAGUUGGCGGCAGCAGCUCUUUCUCUCCCCAGCCGCAGGUGCUGCAGCAGCAGCAACAGCAGCAGCCAGUUAUUUCGUUCGGCGAUGUAAACGUCGGCGACAUCGGUCUGCAGCAGCGGCAGACGUACAACUUUGGACUGUCCAACAAUAGCAGUGGUCUCGGCGAUCUGCAUCUCGACGGUGGUCUUGCCGUGCGGGAGAAUUCGCAGGCUGCGAUCGGCUCUCAGCAGCAGGGUGGCUUCUCUGCAUUCGCUUCGCACGGCACAGGCUUUGCCUCGCUAGCCCAGCAGCAGCUGCCCUCUGGCGGCUUUUUCGCUGCGGCAGCGCAGCAGCAGCAGCAGCAACAACAGGGCUUUGGUUGGGGUAUUAACACACAAUCAGCAUCAACGUCCCCAUUUGGUAGCAGUUCCUCGGGAUUUCCUGCCGCUGCGGGUCCACUAUCUUCUGCGCCUUCCGGUGCAACGACGAGUUCUUCCACCUCCGUCGCUCUCGGCGAUAAGAGCAUCUGGACGCGGGCACGAUCAUCAAAUCCGCUCAACUGA